GUGUAGAACCCGAAAGGCCGUAGAAAUAGCCACAUACAUCGAUCGGUUUCUCUAUACUCACCUAGAUACGGAAGAAAUUCUAACCGACAAUGGUUCCGAGUUCAAAGGUGACGUGGACGCGGACCAGUGAGCAGCCUGCGUGCAUCGAGUACCUGGAGCUGGUGAUUUUGCACGCUUGGAGAACAGACGUGGAAGGUGAUCUUCUUGGUUUCCUCUUCGGAUCGGUGCGACCAGGCCAUCGCCCGCCUAUCGUUCAAGAACUCAUCGUCCCGAUCGUGCAAUUGGCUGACGAUCUCCCCCUCGACAUCGUUUCGCAAAGCGACGACAGUCCCGCCCCGCACGUCAUCCCGAUUGCGUUAACACCGUACCUUCAGUGGACUACUUGCUUGGAGGAACCCGGGAGUGACAACACCUUGCCAUCACGACAGGAGUACUUGAAGCCAUACGGAAUCAUUGAUCGUGCCUUCUAUCCGAGGGAGCCUGAGGAGGUGCUUCAAGAAGCCACAAAAGAAGAAGGUGACGCCGACGAAGAAACGUCGGAAGAAGGAAGCUAUAGUGAAUACAGCGAAGGAGAGCAGAGUGAGGAGGAGGAGGAGCUAGAAGAAGAAGAAGACGAAGAGGAGGGAACCGGAUGGGAGUGGGAGGACUUGCCGGAGGAAGCGGCGCGUACAGGUACGGAAGCGGAAGAUCUCGAAGCGGCACGAAGAAGGGAAGAGAUCGCUGCCGAGAAAAACCAGUUGGAGAUCGUCAGCGGGGCGAGCCUGUGCAUCAACGACGACCCAACCAGGGAUCCAGAGCCCCCCGAGCCCGAAGAUGGCGGAUCAGCAACCGCGGCUCCAAGCACAUCACGGCGGAGACGGAGUCGGUCCCCCUCCCCCUCCACCCCAACCCGUCCCCCAGUUUGUCCACGCACCGAUGCGGGGAAUCGGCCUUCGUCCCCGGUCGUUAUCCCGCCGUCCCCUUGAUUACCUCACCCUUUGCCAGAUCUCUACCCCCGUCACCUUCCCUCGCAACCCCUUCCCUCCCAAUACUUUCGAGCACUUUUACU